AUGGAACCCACAGCCCGAUGCAGAGGCUCCCGCCUGCGCUCACUCGCGCGGGGGGCUGGGUGCCUCAGCCGCGUCGUCGGCUGCUCGCGCUCGCGCGCGUCGGCCCAUCCGCCCCACCUACUCGGAUGGUUGGUGGAGCACGCCGACAAGGGCGAGGCGCUACCGCGGCGGCAGUCUGUUCCCGAGGAGGCCUUCCUCGAUGUCGCUCGGCUCAAGGAGAUUGAGGGUGGGGCGAAGCGCAGGCUAAACAUCUUUGGACUGAUCACCGCUUUCACUGAAUUGGGCCUGGGGGGCGGCAUCUCGUCCAUCUUGUCAACCCUCACGAGCGUCGUCCGCCGCAAGCGCAACCCAGACGGACUACUCCCGAUCAUCUCGAUCUCGUACUGCUGGCUCGAGGCGGCGCAUCCAGAUCGGGAGGGCCACCAGCUGCAGCUGCUCUGCCGCAAGCUGCAGAGCCUCCACGGCGGGCGAGGCCUGCUCGCCGCCUGCCGCGAUUACGGCUUCACCGACAUGGGUGUCUUCAUCGACUGGGCCUCCGGGCACCAGAAGGAUCCGGCGCUGUGGAGAGCAUGGAUGGCGGAUAGAGCACUGUACGCGAGGGGCGAGGACGAAAUCCGAGAGGCGGGCGGCGACGGGGGCGAGCGGAUGGUGUCCGAGCGGCGCGCGUAUGAGGAGAGCCGGUCCAGGGAGGAAAAGGCGGCCUUUGAUCGCAUGCUCAACAGCACGAUGGACCUCUGGUACGCGCACUCUGCCAUCACGGUCGUGCUCCUCACGCAGCUACCCGACGAGCUGCCGGCCGGCUUUGACGCGACGCGGAGCUACCACACGCGCGGGUGGACUACGUUUGAGCGCUGCUCCGCCGAGCUCGCCAAGUGCUUUUCUCUGCACUCCGCGACGUGGAAGCUCGUGAUUGACGUGGCGGACGAGGGGGGCGGUGCGCAGCGGCGGCUUCCCACGACGCCGGAGCGCAUGGCGACGCUGCUCUCCCGUUGCCACUUCACCGACGGAGCAGACGUGUCUCGAGUAAUCUCUUUGUACGAGAGGACGGCAAACGCCGUGCUUGGGACCAUCGAGGAGAUCGAGUACAUGGGUCUCCCGCUUGUGCGAGGGGACAAGUGGUGCUCGCCGGCGAGACUGGCGGAGGCGCUCAACUACUGCGCGCGCCUCCGGAGCUUAAUGGUGGUCGGCACGCGCCUUGAUGAUGACGGCGUCGCAGAGCUGGCGGCAGGUCUCAAGCCAGGGGCCCUCCCAGCGCUCGAGAUUUUGAACUUCGCAGGAAACUACUUUGGUGCGCGCGGUAUCGCCUCCCUCUGCGACGUCUUCGGCCGCGGCGUGGCGCCGAGGCUGAAGGGACUCCUCUUUCCGCUGAUGCCCAUCGGCGACGAUGGAGCUGCGGCUGUCGCUGCUGCGCUCACGACCGGUGACUUGCCACGAAAACUCGCCUUAUGCCUUAACCUGUGCGACGUCGGCGACGAGGGCGCAAGGGCCAUUGCAGACGCGCUCCCUCAUGCCGGCCAGGGCUGUCAAGUAAACCUGGCGCUCAACCGAUUUGGCAUCGCGAGCCAGCUGGCGCUCCUCGAGGCGCUCGAGGCGAAACGGCACGCAGCGCUGCUGCGUAGCGGCAGAUUCCGGUCCAAAUCUAGUUACACGAUCGCACAAGGACGGUUCUGCGAGCGCGGCUCGUUCAUAGCGCACUACUUCGCGGUGAUGCAGCUCUACUGCUUCCCCUGGGACGUUCGCUACGUACGCGCUCUGGCGCGAGGGUGGCGCCGCACCGUAGAGAGCGGCCGAGUCCAUCUCGCCUAAUUGUCCUCAAGUGAUCAGACGUUUUCCACACGGGAGGCCGGUUAGUGCAGCGGCUGCACGGCUGCGCGCGCGGCGCGGCCGGCGAUCCUGGCCGCUGCCUUUGCGGCCCCUGCCAUAUAGCCGCCGCUGACAGUUCCGCACAACCCUUGCGUGCGAAUCCUCCGGAUCCACCGCAUCGGCGCCAGGAAUAUUAAAAUUCUC